GAGUGAGGGAGACGAAGGGACUUCCGUUUCCUUCCAGGCUGGGGCCUGGCCGCCGAGAGGAGUUGGCAUUUCCAUAUUGGGGCUCGGGCCGCCCCUCCUCCAGGACCCUCCCCUCAGCACUGCUCCGGGCGCCGCGGGCGAUCCAGGCCGGCUCUCCAGGCGAGAAAAGGUGGACAAGUCCUAUUUUCAAGAGAAGAUGACUUUUAACAGUUUUGAAGGAUCUAAAACUUGUGUACCUGCAGACAUCAGUAAGGAUGAAGAAUUUGUAGAAGAGUUUAAUAGAUUAAAAACUUUUGCUAAUUUUCCAAGUAGUAGUCCUGUUUCAGCAUCAACACUAGCACGAGCUGGUUUUCUAUACACUGGUGAAGGAGACACUGUGCGGUGCUUUAGUUGUCAUGCAGCAGUAGAUAGAUGGCAGUAUGGAGACUCAGCAGUUGGAAGACACAGGAAAGUAUCCCCAAAUUGCAGAUUUAUCAAUGGCUUUUAUUUCGAAAGUAAUGCUGCACAGCCUACAAAUCCUGGUGUCCAAAAUGGUCAGUACAAAGCUGAAAACUGUCUGGGAAACAGAAAUCAUUUUGUUUUAGAAAGGCCAUCUGAGACUCAUGCAGACUAUCUUUUGAGAACUGGACAGGUUGUAGAUUUAUCAGACACCAUAUACCCAAGGAACCCUGCCAUGUGUAGUGAAGAAGCUAGAUUAAAGUCAUUUCAAAACUGGCCAGACUAUGCCCACUUAACCCCAAGAGAGUUAGCUAGUGCUGGACUCUACUACACGGGUAUUGAUGAUCAAGUACAAUGCUUUUGUUGUGGCGGGAAACUGAAAAAUUGGGAACCUUGUGAUCGUGCAUGGUCAGAACACAGGCGACACUUUCCUAAUUGCUUCUUUGUAUUGGGCCGGAAUUUUAAUAUUCAAAGGGAAUCUGAUGUCGUGAGUUCUGAUAGGAAUUUCCCAAAUUCAACAAAUCCUCCAAGAAAUCCAGCCAUGGCAGAUUACGAAGCACGGAUCAUUACAUUUGGGACGUGGAUAUACUCAGUUAACAAGGAGCAGCUUGCAAGAGCUGGAUUUUAUGCUUUAGGUGAAGGUGAUAAAGUAAAGUGCUUUCACUGUGGAGGAGGGCUAACUGAUUGGAAGCCCAGUGAAGACCCUUGGGAACAACAUGCUAUGUGGUAUCCAGGGUGUAGAUUUCUGUUAGAAGAGAAGGGACAAGAAUACAUAAACAAUAUUCAUUUAACCCAUUCAAUUGAGGAGUCUCUGACGAGAACUGCUGAAAAAACACCAUCAUUAACUAAAAGAAUUGUUUUCAUUUCAGAUGAUACCAUAUUCCAAAAUCCUAUGGUACAAGAAGCUAUACGAAUGGGAUUCAGUUUCAAGGACAUUAAGAAAAUAAUGGAGGAAAAAAUUCAGACAUCUGGGAGCAACUAUAAAUCACUUGAAGUUCUGGUUGCAGAUCUAGUGAGUGCUCAGAAAGACAAUGCACAAGAUGAAUCAGGUCAGACUUCGUUACAGAAAGAGAUUAGUACUGAAGAGCAGCUAAGGCUACUGCAAGAGGAGAAGCUUUGCAAAAUCUGUAUGGAUAGAAAUAUUGCUGUAGUUUUUAUUCCUUGUGGACAUCUGGUCACUUGUAAACAGUGUGCGGAAGCAGUGGACAAAUGUCCCAUGUGCUACACAGUCAUUACUUUCAAGCAAAAAAUUUUUAUGUCUUAAUCUAACUACAGUAGGCAUGUUAUAUUCUUAUUACCCUGAUUGAAUGUGUGAUGUGAACCAACUUUAAGAAAUCAGCAUUGAAUUCCAUUAGCAUUUGCUACCAAGUAGGGAAAAAAUGUAAACUGUGAUGUUAUAGUUAGCAAUCUAAAAUUUGAAUUUCUGGAUUUUUCAGGAUUUUAGCUGUAUUAUCUGUCCUAUUUUUUCACUGUUAUUUAAUUGAAACCCUAGACUAAGAAGCAUCAUAUUAUUAUAACUGAUCACAAUUUGUAUAUGUAGUACACUGACUUAGAUUUCUAAAUGUAAGUGAAUUAAUCAACUGACUUUUUCAUCCUUUUUAGAUAGGCUUAACAAAUGGAGCCUUCUUUGUAAACGUACAGAUUAAUCUCCCCAAUCACAUAAUUUGUUUUGUGUGAAAAAGGAAUGAACUAUUCUACACUGGUAGAAAGAUAGAGAUUAUCUUUAGAUGUUUGUGUUUUAGGAUUUUGUCCACUUUCUUUUAAAAUUAUACACAUGUACUUGGGUGGAUGAUUUUUAAAAAUGAUUUUGCCAUCGUUAAAAGGGUAUUUAAUGAUUGAAUACCAUCUAGCCUACACGUACUGACGUGGAAAGAUGUCAGAGGUAUAUUAAGUUUAAAAUCAAGUGGCAAAACACUGUGUAUAGAAUGAGCCAAGUGAGGUGUGUGUGUUUUAUAUACGUAUAGAACAGAAGAUUUGGAAAGAUAGGCACUAAACUGUUAAAUGUGGUUUCUUUGGGGGGGUAUGGGUCCCAGAGGGGCUUUACAGGGAGGGACCUUUCACUUUCUACUUUUUUUAUUUUGUUCUGUUUGAAUUUUUUAUAAGUCUGUAUUACUUUUGUAAUCAGAAUUUUUAGAAAGUAUUUUACUGAUUUAAAGGCUUAGGCAUGUUCAAACGCCUGCAAAACUACUUACUGCUCAGCUUCAGUUUUUCUAAUCCAAGAAGGCAGGGCAGUUAACCUUUUUGGUGCCAAUGUGAAAUUUAAAUGUUUAUAUGUUUUUCCUGCUUUGUGGAUGAAAAAUAUUUCUGAGUGGUAGUUUUCUGACAGGUAGACCAUGUCUUCUUCUCUUGUUUCAAAAUAAAUAUUCCUGAUUUUGUAAAAUGAAAUAUAAAAUAUGUCUCAGAUCUUCCAAUUAAUUAGUAAGGAUUCAUCCUUAAUCCUUGCUAGUUUAAGCCUGCCUAAGUCACUUUACUAAAAGAUCUUCGUUAACCCAGUAUUUUAAACAUCUGUCAGCUUAUGUAGGUAAGAGUAGAAGCAUGUUUGUACACUGCUCGUAGUUAUAGUGACAGCUUUCCAUGUUGAGAUUCUCAUAUCGUCUUGUAUCUUAAAGUUUCAUGUGAGUUUUUACCUUUAGGAUGAUUAAGAUGUAUAUAGGACAAAAUGUCAAGUCUUUACCUAAGUUUUUUGUUUUCUUGUCUAGUGAUAGUAGUAGAUACUUCUGAAAUAAAUGUUCUCUCAAGAUCCUUAAAAACCUCUUGGAAAUUAUAAAAUAUUGACAAGAAAAGAAGAGUUGUUUGAAUAUUAAAGAAAAAAUAAAACUUGAAUAAGAAUCAGUAUAUAUUAAAAAAAGAAAAUGAAAGUUUAAAAAUGCUUCAUAGAACACCCAGACAAAGAUUCUCACAACAACCUGUUGUAGAGAUUAGAGAAAUUCAAGAUGGUAUGAUGGGUUUUGAAUUUCUGGGCACGAAACAGUUGGUCUAGGGCUUCCCUGGUGGCACAGUGGUUAAGAAUCCGCCUGCCAAUGCUGGGGACAUGGGUUCGAGCCCUGGUCCAGGAAGAUCCCACAUGCCGCGGAGCAACUAAGCCCGUGCGCCACAACUACUGAGCCUGCGCUCUAGAGCCUGCGAGCCACAACUACUGAACCCAUGUGCCACAACUACUGAAGCCUGCACGCCUAGAGCCUGUGCUCCACAACAAAGAGAAGCCACCGCAAUGAGAAACCUGUGCACCGCAACGAAGAGUAGCCCCUGCUUGCCACAAAUGGAGAAAGCCUGCGCACAGCAACAAAGACCCAGCACAUCCCAAAAUAAAUAAAUAAAAUAAAUUUUUUAAAAAAUUUUAAAAAAAGAAAUGGUAAAAUUUAUUGAAAAAGACAAAGUUGGUCUAAGAUAUUAACUUUAAAAUACAACUGUAAUGGGGAUAUAUAUAUAUAUGUAUAUGCAUAGCUGAUUCACUUUAUUAUAAAGCAGAAACUAACACACCAUUGUAAAGCAACUAUACUCCAAUAAAGAUGUUUAAAAAAAAAUAAGAUAAAAAGAUGCAAUGUACAGCACAGGGAAUAUAGCCAAAAUUUUAUAAUAACUAUAAAUGGAGUAUAAUCUAUAAAAAUAAUGAAUCACUAUGUUGUACACCUGAUACUAAUAUAAUUUGUCCUUUAUACUUCAAUAAAAAAUAUAAAUUAAAAAAAUACAACUGUAGAGGGAGAUCAG